AUGAAAAUGACCGAUGACGUGGAUGCACAUAUCCAUGAGAAAUUCGAAUUACAGAUCUUCGACGCGUUCCGAAACCCAACAGAUUCACAACGGACGUUUCGAGAAGUGAUGUUUCUGCAAGAGUUUGGAAAGCAUCCAAAUGUCAUUAAACUGUACAAUAUAUUCCGAGCGGAUAAUGAUAGGGACAUCUAUCUGGCAUUCGAGUUCAUGGAAGCGGAUCUUCACAACGUCAUCAAGAAGGGCUCGAUUCUGAAGGACGUCCAUAAACAGUAUAUCAUGUGUCAGCUAUUCCGAGCCAUACGGUUUUUACACUCGGGAAAUGUGCUUCAUAGGGACCUGAAGCCUUCGAAUGUUCUUCUCGAUGCGGAUUGUCGUGUGAAAUUGGCCGAUUUCGGAUUAGCUAGGAGCUUGUCAUCGCUCGAAGACUAUCCGGAAGGGCAAAAAAUGCCGGAUCUUACCGAGUACGUGGCUACGAGAUGGUACCGUAGUCCGGAAAUCCUGUUGGCUGCUAAAAGAUACACCAAAGGAGUGGAUAUGUGGAGUUUGGGAUGUAUUCUCGCGGAGAUGUUGAUUGGCCGCGCUCUGUUCCCUGGCUCCUCAACGAUCAAUCAAAUCGAACGGAUCAUGAACACGAUCACAAAGCCGUCAAGACAAGAUAUCGCAAGUAUUGGAAGUCACUACGCAGCGAGUGUUCUCGAGAAAAUGCCCCAACGUCCCAGAAAACCGUUGGAUUUGAUUAUUACGCAGAGUCAAACGGCUGCAAUUGAUAUGGUGCAGAGACUACUGGUGUUUGCCCCCCAGAAGCGUCUAACCGUCGAGCAGUGUCUUGUACACCCAUACGUCGUUCAAUUCCACAAUCCUUCCGAGGAACCGACACUCCAUUAUGAAGUCUAUCCACCACUACCGGAUCAUGUGCAAUUGGGAAUCGAUGAUUAUCGGGAUCGAUUGUACGAGAUGAUUGACGAGCAGAAAGCGAGUUUCAAGCGCAUUCAACAUGAUAAGAUUCGACCGUUCUCCCCAAAGGACAAAUCACGUGCGCCAAUUGCUCAGGCCGAGUGUAGUGAUACUGAUUACGAUACGGCGAGAAGUCUACAAAAGUCGACGAGUAUGGACAAGAACACGAGUAGCUCGCAUGAUAGUAGUGCUGGCACGUUGAGAGAACGCGCACAAUCCGCUGAAAGUCGAACAUCAAAAGGAAGUAAUGGAGAUAUGAGGAAUGGGAAUGGUUCAGCGAUUUCAAAUGGAAUCAAGCAGCGACGUCGAUCAAUUGAGAGAUCGAGACUUUUUGCGAAUAUAAAACCAUCAAAAAUUCUUCAUCCACACAAAUUGAUCUCAAGAGGAGACAAGGAUUAUGAGAAUUUUGAGAAAAAAUAUUGA